AAGAAAUCAAUUACAUGUCUCCAGAAGAAGCUGUAUCUUUUGUUCGUACAGGUGACAAUGUAUAUAUACAAAGCGUCGCAGCAGCUCCACAGACUUUAAUACAAGCUCUUUCAUCAGUUGUUGAGAACUCGGAUAGAAAACAAAUCAGUUUAUAUCAUAUUCUCAUAGAUGGAGAGUUGCCCAUAUUUACACCAAACUUUUCUGGAAAAAUAACUUCCAACUCUUUAUUCAUUGGUGGAAACUGUCGGAAACACGUAAACGAAGGAAUAGCUGACUAUACACCAGUAUUUUUGGGGGAAGUCCCUUAUCUAUUUAGGAGGCGUAUCAUACCUAUAGAUGUUGCUUUUGUUCAGGUAUCUCCACCAGAUAAUUUUGGUUAUGUUUCACUUGGAGUUAGUGUGGAUAUUACUUUAUCAGCCUUGGAGGUUGCCAGAGAACGAAUAGCUGUUGUCAAUCCCUUUAUGCCACGUACUCUUGGUGAUGCACUUGUUCACAUUUCACAACUGGAUCACUUGGUUUAUGAAGAAAAGCCACUUCCGGAGUUAAAUGUGCCUAAAGAAGAUCCUUGCCGUACUAAAAUUGGUCAACUGAUUGCAGAAAAUCUUAUUCGUGAUGGAGCCUGCCUUCAGACAGGUAUUGGUGCUAUACCAGAUGCAAUAUUGAAAUAUUUAAGACAUCAUAAAGACUUGGGUGUUCAUACUGAAAUGUUUAGUGAUGGUUUGAUAGAACUUGUGGAAAAUGGCAACGUGACCAACGAAUUGAAGAAAAUCGAACCCGGGAAGAUCAUUUCUAGUUUCCUUUUAGGCACUUCUCGUCUCUAUCGCUUUGUUGAUAACAAUCCUUUGGUUUGCAUGCGAGAUGUUACUUUUACCAAUGAUCCUGGAGUGAUUGGUAAAAAUGACAAUGUAGUAGCAGUGAAUGCUGCUAUAGAAGUGGAUCUGACUGGUCAGAUAUGUAGUGAUAGUAUUGGAGAAUCAUUCUAUAGUGGUUUUGGAGGACAAGUGGAUUUUAUGAGAGGAGCAGCAUUAUCAGAGAAUGGAAAGGCAAUUAUUGCCCUUCCCAGUACGGGUGGAAGACGCCAUUCUAGAAUAGUUCCUAUUAUCAAACCUGGUGGAGGUGUAGUAACUACUAGGGCGCAUGCACAUUAUGUCGUAACUGAAUACGGAAUUGCAGAGUUGAAAGGCAAAUCUAUUCGGGAGAGAGCAAAGGCACUUAUCAAUAUAGCACACCCUGACUUUCGUGAACAACUGGAACAGGAAGCGAAGCGUCGUUCUUUGUUCUGAUAGCGUUAUGAAUAUAGUUUCUGUAGAGGCAUUUAGAGGUUGAUGA